AUGAAAAUCUUUUGUUAAAAACUCUAUGAAAAUAAUAAUGAAUUUCCAUCACUUUUGAGCCUAAGUACUUUGAAUUAAGAAUUAUAUACAAAUUGCUUUUAAAUUCAAAAAAUUAAAUCUGAUGCUAUUUCCUCAUAAAAUUAUUUUCUAGAUGUUGUCAAUAAUUUCAUUUUUACAUCUAACUUUAAUACUUUUUAUAUUUAAUGCAUCGAUUCAUAAUUUGAACCUAGUUUAAUAAAAAUCGAAAACUAAAUUAAAAUUACUUGCUCUGGUCUUGCAGUUAAACCUGAUUCUUGUCUUAUUGCAGUUGGAGAUAUGGUUGGAAAUAUUAUUGUUUAUUAAAAUUAAAAUAAUAAUCCUUCUAAUGAGAAAUAUGCAUAAUUUUUUAUAGCUAAAGCCGUAAGAAGCUUAGAAUGGCACCCAAGAAAUGAUGAAUUGUUUAUAGGAACAAUGCAAGGAUAAAUUUAUAAAUGGAAUUAUGAAAAUAAUAAUUAAAAAGUAAAAUAAGUUGCUUAUUUUUAAGGAGGAAUUACAAGUUUAAGGUUUAAAUGUAAUGAAUCUGAUAAUAAUUUCUAUCUUUUAUCCUCUUCUACAGAAGAAUAAUUUGCUAUUUUAUUAGAAGAAGAAAAUAAUUACAAAAUUUUAAAUUUAGCUUAUGCUCAUCUUCCUUUAGAGUCAUCAGCUUAGUUUGGUUCUUUAGGACAUUUAUUAGCUGUUACUUGUAUAGAUUGGAAAUAAAUGAAUCAAUAAUUAAGUGAGAUUUUUAUUUCUUGUUCUGAUGAUAAAACAGUUAAAAUAUAUAAUCCUUAGUAAAAAUUUUAAUUAAUUCAUGAAUUUAAUACAAAUUUUGUUAAUGAAUGGCACACAUUAACAUAUUUGUCUCUUGAAAAUGGUGGUACUAGAGUUGCAAUUGGAUAUCUGUUUAUUUAUGAUUUAUUAAAUUAUGAAUUCUAAUAUUGUGAAAAAAUCCAUAUGGGAGGAAUUGAAGGAUUAAUAUGGAAAAAUAAUUAAAUUUUCACAUGUUCUAAUGAUUGCUUUGGUGUUAAUAAAUAAAAGGAAUUUAAAAAUAUUUAUGAAAAAAAAAGUUUUUAUGAAGAUUUAGAAUAAACAUAUAUUGACACUUUUAUAAUAUUUUAAUGA